GCCCAGCAACGGUACACAACUACGGGGCAAACAGCUGAGUUGUGUACAUCAGUUUGUGUUCUGUCUUGGUUUCAUUCAGUUUACAAGCAGGACUCGGGCUCUUUACAUCGACUUUUACACGUUUUCCGAGGACUUCAAUAACUUAAACAUGGCUCUGCCGUUUCUACCAGGGAAUUCUUUCAACCCAAACUUGGGUAAGACCAAGUUCCACAAGUCGCAGCUGUUCGACUACCGCAAUGACAUCUCCACCAUGGUCGGCGAGCACAAGUCUGGGAUUGGUGGCGCGCCUCUGCCCGGACAGAAGCUGAAACCACGACACAGCGCGUUUCCCAGCGGGGAGGGAAGCGACAAACCCGCGUGGCUCGCCUUCGACAGACAGGUCCUGAGUUUCGAUGCGUACUUCCAGGAAGCUGUGAAUGAGAAGCGAGAGGAACAGUUCCGUGUGAGGAAGUGUAAGGUGUACUUCUACCUGGAGGAUGACUCCAUACAGGUCAACGAACCCCAGGUCAAGAACAGCGGCAUCCCACAAGGGACCCUGAUCCGUCGGCACAGAAUCCCCCUACCCCCUCCCAAUGAGGACGAGUAUUACACGGUCGAGCACUUCAACGUGGGGAAGGAGAUCGAGUUCUACGGGCGCACCUUCAAACUCACCAACUGUAACCAAUUCACCGCCAACUUCCUACGCAAGCUCGGUGUACAGGUGAACCUGCCAGAGAACACUCCCAGCGACCCGUACUCCGGCUACCGCCAGCAGUUGGACGACAGCAUGCAGCCGCUGCGCCCGUACGAGCGCUACGACACGCUCAAGCAGUUCCUCGAUAACGAUGGAAAGGUCCUGCGGUUUUACUGCUACUGGGACGAUUCCGACGCCAUGUUCGGAGACUCUCGUGAGAUGGUGAUGCACUACUUCCUCGCCGACGACACCAUCGAGAUUCGUGAGAAGAUCACGCCCAACUCUGGACGGGAUGCCGCACCCAAAUUCCUGAAUAGAGCAAGGCUGCCAAAGUACGCCCCGACACUUCUGAACCAGCCGGGAGAGAAGACCGACCGUACCGUGCUGAACGUGUUUGGUCCCACGGGCCACGGCGGGCGCUACAUCCUCGACAGUCUCAAGACUGGUGCAGUUCACCUGGAUUUCUACCACGAUGGAGACCUGACCAUCGGGAGUGUGAUCAACGUCUGGGGGCGCAAGAUGGUCAUCUGUGACUGCGACGAGUUCACCCGCGAGUACUACCGCUCCAAAUAUGGCAUCUCUGACUUUGGUCCGAUGCCGUACAAGGCUCCGGCGCCAGGCCGCCCCGGCCGCGUGGUCCCGCCGUACAACGGUUUUGGCUCGGAGGAGGACUCGCUGUGCUCGUGCGCUGGCCUCAUCCCCAAACCUCCCCGCAGGGACUUCAUCAAGUUCAUGGAGAAGGACAGACAUGGCCUGGAGAGUAACGUGCUGCGUUUCAUGGCCCGUAUGGACACCACCAAACCCAUUGACGCCGACCGUCGCUUUAUCAUUUCCUACUUCCUGUCUGAUGACACUCUGCUGGUGUUCGAGCCGCCCGUCAGAAACUCCGGUGUUAUCGGUGGUAAGUUCCUGGAGCGCAGUCGCGUGAAGAAGCCGGGACAAGAGCUGUACAAGUCGGAGCCGUCCGCGUACUAUCUGGCUCAGGACCUGUUCGUUGGAGCCAAGGUUCAGUUCAACAACCACAUCUUUGUGCUGAUCGAUGCGGAUGAGUACGCCUUCAGAUACAUGGAGAAGCACAGCUCUGAGUUCCCAGUUGCCCAUGUGCACAACAUCCUGGGCAAGCUGAAGGAUCAGGCACUGAAGAACACCGACGACAUCAAGCAGUUCUUCCUGAGGAACGACCCGGAAGGUCGCGGACAGAUCCCGUAUGAAGUUUUCAGGAAUCUGCUGACGCAGGUGUGCGGGAACAAGCUGGCGGAACACGAGAUCAUGACCCUCGGACGGUACUUCAGCGAGCGACAGGACGAGCAGGUCAACAUGAGCGUGUUGCUAGGCGUCGCCCAGGAGCAGCUACGCAAGCACAACUUCGAGAACUUCACGCGCCUGAAGCAACUCAUGAUGCACCACGACACCAGCAGGACCGGCAGCAUCACGAGGAAGAAGGUGAGGAUGGUGUCCAAGGCCUUCCACGUUCCAGUCUCCGACGAUCUGCUUAGAGCAAUCCUCGAGAAGCUUGCUGGUACAGAUGACACCCCAGUGAACUACCAGGAGUUCGUUGACCUGCUGAACUGGAGAGAGACCCCAGUGGAACCGCUACACUACACGGCUGCACCCACCACGCUCGGUAAGUGGGUAGGUGCUGAGAGCAGAGACAAUGUCAUGAUGGUCCAGUACACACCUCUGAUGGGCGAGAUCUUCGGCGCAAACAUGUCCGACUCUUAACUUGCGUCACCCUUUAGCCAUAUAACGUUCCUCAACAGUUCGCAAAAUUUAUAUGGUAAAAAUAGAGAGAG